CUGGAUUUAGACUUUUCAUUUACCAAAGUGGCUACUCAAAUCUGUAAAUUAUGUGAAGAGAAAGGCAUUGCCAACUCUAGACUAAAUAACUUUUAUCAACAAAAAACUAAUCUGCAGAAAAUAACUGUUGAAGCAAUACAAGAAUAG